ACCGUUUUCAGAAAACAAAAUGGCGGAUGAUGGCGACAAUGUUUCUGGCGGGAAAGUCGAGGAACCUUUAGAUAUCAUUAGAUUGUCCCUGGAUGAGAGGAUCUACGUCAAGAUGAGGAAUGAGAGGGAGUUGAAGGGGCGCCUGCACGCCUACGAUCAGCACAUGAAUAUGGUUCUCGGAGACGUUGAGGAAACUGUGACAAUUGUGGAGAUAGAUGAGGAAACAUAUGAAGAGAUCUAUAAGUCUACGAAAAGAACGAUCCCGAUGUUGUUUGUACGAGGUGACGGAGUGAUACUAGUCUCUCCUCCCAUGCGGACUGCAGGCUAAACCGGUUUUCCAUCAUCACCGCCAUUUAUUUUUACUAAAAUAAAAUUGAAACCUUUCUCAAACUUAUUUUGAAUCCCUUAAACUUAAUGUAACAUUUUUUAAAUCUUUUUCA